UGCAACUAAAGUUGGUCCGGGCUACUCAGUGAAGUGAACUGGGACAAAUAUUUCCCAGUGUUUCGCGUGAAGAGUUUUGAUCAGGAAGGUUUCGUUUCACUUAGAUGCAAUAGCUUGUCGUCCGUAAGUUAAUUAUUAAAAGACAGUGACACAGGCUUUCAUUAAACCUGUACAGGUGGAUAGGUAAGAUAAAUGGUCUCUCAGACAGUUCACUUUAUUUUCUGAAUGAAUAAGUGCUUGUAUUUUGUUGAAUUUGAAACUGGUCUCUCUAACAAGGUUGCAGACAAUCAAAAACGUCCGACCAGAUAAAAUGGCAGCGUUGCUUUCUGUGCAGUUAAAGUCAGUACUGAGGAAACGGGGGAACGCGAAGCCCUUGGGAAACACUAACAUAUAUGCAGUCUUUACGACCAGUCAGCGUCAAUAUAGCAGCAAGGAUGGUGGGUCUGAGUAUUUACACAGAAGUAUUGUUCCAACGAUGCACUAUCAGAAGAGUUUACCAAGGUUACCUGUGCCCAAACUGGAGGAUACAAUACGAAGAUAUUUGGCAGCUCAAAGACCCUUGUUAAACGAUGAGCAAUACAGUAAUACAGAGAAACUGGCAAAAAGUUUCCAGAGUGGUGUGGGUAAAGAGCUACAUGAAGAGCUGGUAGUUCAAGACAAGAAAAACAAACACACCAGCUAUAUUUCUGCACCAUGGUUUGAUAUGUAUUUGUCUGCCCGAGAUUCGGUGGUACUCAAUUACAACCCCUUCAUGUCCUUUAACCCUGACCCAAAACCUGAAUACAACAACCAACUGGUGAGGGCCACCAACAUGGUGUGUUCUGCUGUGCGGUUUAUGAAAACGCUUCGUGCUGGUCUUCUUGAGCCUGAGGUAUUCCAUCUCAACCCAGCCAAAAGUGACACGGACAACUUCAAGAAGUUCAUCCGCUGGGUACCAUCUUCUCUUUCUUGGUUUGGAGCUUACAUGGUGAAUGCAUAUCCUCUGGAUAUGUCUCAGUACUUUCGCCUUUUUAACUCCACGCGUAUACCCAAAGCAAAGCGGGAUGAGCUGUUCGUGGACCAGAAGGGACGGCACCUUCUGGUCAUGAGGCGGGGUAACAUGUAUGUGUUUGACGCGGUUGACCGCAACGGUAACCUGGUAAAACCAACGGAGAUCUUGUCACACCUGAAGUACAUCCUGUCCGACCCCACCCCAGCCCCCGCGUUCCCCCUGGGCUACCUGACCAGUGAGAACAGGGACGUUUGGGCAGGUUUGAGGGAGAAACUUUUAGCUAACGGAAACGCGGAAACCCUGGCGCUAGUGGACAGCGCUCUGUUCUGCCUCUGUUUGGACGAAGACAACAUGCGUGACCAUAUUCAUAUCUCCCACAACAUGUUGCAUGGUGACGGCCAUAACAGAUGGUAUGACAAGUCUUUCAGUAUCAUCCUCACUAAAGAUGGGCAGGCCGCUAUUAAUUUUGAGCAUGCUUGGGGGGAUGGUGUGGCAGUCCUCCGUUUCCAGAACGAAGUCUUUAAAGACACGACAGAGAAGCCUCUAGUGAGUCCGGAUUCCCAGCCAGCGGCAGUCGAUUCGGCGUCGGCGGUGCACAGACUCGAGUUCAAACUGGAUGCGGAGUUAGAAAACGGUGUCGCUAAAGCCAAAGAGAACUUCGACGCAGCUGUCUCUAAACUAACCAUAGACGCCAUCCAGUUCACAAAAGGAGGUAAGGAACAGCUAAAGAAGAAGAAACUAAGCCCGGACGCAAUUGCUCAGCUGUCUUUUCAGAUGGGUUUCCUGCGACAGUACGGACAGACCGUGGCCACUUAUGAAUCCUGCAGCACUGCCGCCUUCAAACACGGCCGCACAGAAACCAUCCGUCCGGCCAGCAUCCACACAAAACGGUGCGCCCACGCCUUCGUGCACGAGCCAGGCAAGCACAGUGUGGAGCAGCUUCAGGGACUGCUGAAUGAAUGCUCCAAAUAUCAUGGGCAGCUCACCAAAGAGGCAGCCAUGGGGCAAGGAUUUGACCGUCACCUAUUUGCUUUGCGCUACUUGGCCGGUUCUAAGGGAAUGGCUUUACCCAGUCUGUACCAGGACCCAGCGUAUGCUGCCAUAAACUACAACAUACUAUCUACCAGCACGCUCACCAGCCCUGCCGUCAGCCUUGGUGGCUUUGCUCCCGUGGUGCCUGACGGUUACGGGGUGGGCUACGGAGUUCACGACGAGUGGAUCGGCUGCAACGUCUCCAGUUACCCAGCCAGGAAUGUCCACGAAUUUCUGCAGUGUGUUCAGAAAUCUCUGGAGGAUAUAUUUACUGUUCUUGAAGGAAAGCCUAUUAGUUAAUGUCUAGCACUAGGUGAUGCAGGAGAGCUGAAGUCUCACCAAUCAGGAAUGAGCCUGAUUGGUGAGACACCAAGGCUUGACAGAGCAUUAAGACUGAGUUUACGAAGGUUAGGACUAUAAGGAUGAGACAUAAUUGAUAUCACAUGGGCAUUACAGCAGCUGAGAUUGCAAAAUAGGUCUUUGGUUGAUUCAUCCAUAUUAGAAAAAUAUUAACAGGCUCAAAUGAGACCAUGGACGAAUACAUUUUAAAAGUAUUUAGGGAUGUGCAGUAUAGGCAGUGCUUGUCUAGAGUAAAAUGUAUUGAGAGACUAAUGUUCCAAUAGUUUGUGUUACUGCCUUUCUACCAUUCCUAUACUUUCAAUAUGUAUUUUACCUAGGUUUCUUUCAUGUCUUUAACCAAUCAGGACACACAUUGUCAUACUGGAAAAUGAUGUCAUCUGCCAAGACUAAAGGGGGG